AGGUCGUCGGACUGGUCCUCUCCCAUCUGUCCACACAGCCGAAGCCGAUCCGCAGGCCGACCCCGCCAUAUCAGGGGCGCCCUCGUGUCCUGUGCCUGGCGACCCGGUGCCCGUCUGCAUUCCUGAGGCAGCGUGUGGCCCUCGGAGGGGUCUCGUGUCCUUUCGCGUGCCUUCGCGGAGUGCCUUCUCGAGAGAGCGAGUCUCGGCCGUCAUCGUGCGGUUGCCCCAGCCAAGAAGAGCGACGACCACGACCCCCUCCACGACGACGGCGACUGCGCGACCCGUCGCGGCGUGCGUUCCGACCAGAAGAACCCAGCAGUGCUGACAAGAAGCUUUCCAGAGACCCAGAAAGGGACAGAACGCCCCCAAAGAUCUCGAUCCCCGAAGGCCGAGAGCGGGCUGCGUGUACGGACAGCAGACGCGCCGCUGAUGCCCCCGACGGAGCUCUUCUUCAGAUGGAGGUCCCGCUGAAGGUCGAGGAGGAGUUCAAGCAGAGGAUGGUUGCGCUGGGGAAGGCGCUUCUCUUGCACUGGAGGGCUGAUGGCGUUCUUGGGGCGCACCGACACCGGCUCGGUGACGCUCUUCGAGCUCUGCAUGCAGCCACUGGCCUGUCGGAAGAGAGCCUCGACACUUUCAAGCAGAUCAAGAAGCAAGGCGAUCUGGCUCGGCAUCUUCCGCUCCGCGUUGCUGCGCCUGGCGACGUGGAGAGCUCGGAGAAGAUCAGCGUCGCGGGGGAGGACCUGCGUGCCACGGCUCCGUCUUUCGUCCUGGGUGCCGGGUGCUGGCUGCCGCUCCCACCACCGGUGGGUAUGCGGUGCACGCGCGGCGCCGUCGUGUACUCGACCCUGGACGUGGAGCCGCCACAGUUGGGCCCUUGUAGGAUCCCCUCCCAGCCGUCGGAAACAUGCUGCAGUGCAGCUCGGGCCCCUACGGGGGAUCACUGCCCUGCGGCCGCUGUCGCCGCCGCCGUAGUCGCAGAUGGGGCUGUGCGGGUGGGCGACGGUGCUGACGGUGAUGAUCUGAGUGCGAAGGCGGCCGACGCCGACGCCGACUUCUACGCGGCCGUGGAGGAGCAGCGGCGGGCCUGGCUGGACAUCCGCUGUGCUGCUCAGCCGUUUGUGCGGCUGCGCGAUCGUGUCGACUGUGCCCUGGGCGCCCUAGAGCCUGAGGUCGGACUACGCGAUGGCGAACACCCUGUACCUUCCCCGUUCAGGUUCGUUGGUGCCGAUACGAGUCCUCGGUUCUCAAGGAGGCUGGCGGGUUUGCCAGACAGCAGGAAUCGUCGCCUGUUUCUGGAUGAUCACGGCCGUCUUCGUGUGCGAGACCGAGGAGUUCGGCCUGGUGCUCCCAUCCCUGGCAUUGGACGCCCGCAGGAGGCGGAAUGCCAGCAGCAGUGACGGCUUUCGAUGCUCUCUCUUCGCAGGUAUGUUGUUGUGAUUGGACCCUGUUUACAUUUCAGCCUCGGAUUGUUGUUUGCAGCAUGGGUUGGUACAGUGCUGGAUGUGGCUUCCUGGUAUACCUCAGAGUUCGUGAAUGCGGCUUCCUGGCAAUAUGAUUAUCAAUUGCGCGUUGCUGCAACAUGUUGCCGUUACUUGUCAAGUGCUUUCUUCUCGGCAAUAUCCCUCUAAGAGCGCAGGCGUCGAUUUCGUUCGACUUCUGAUUGAGCACAGGCGCGCCUCAACGCAAGCAAUUUUUUCACCGUGAGCCCGCAGCCCUAAACAAUGAACUGUAUGCACUCCAGCUGUUGAGGGUCUCUAUUCCUCGUCCUCCCCCUCCACAGUACCAGAAUGCAUGAGCAGUCACAGCGUGCAUUGCGUCUGCAGAGCGGGCGGGGUGCAUGGGAAGGGGAUGCGGCGACGACGCGUGCCGAGGAUGCAAUGCGAAUUCAGCCCCAUGCGACGCCCCCGGCCAGAGGCCCACAGCAGAUCGCAUUCAAAGUUUUUUGUCUCUUAAUGAUUGUGAGUGGUCUUGGGACAAGCUAG